CUCACUCGCUUGCGCCGGUCACUCUUUGUGGACUACUCACUUCAUCUAUGGAGAUUCUCUGCACAGUGGCGGCAUGGUGUCUGGCAGUGGUGCUCGGCAUUGUGCUCGUACUCGCGGUCGACCUAUACACCAGACCUAAGUCACGUUUUCAUACCACUUCGAGUCUCCUCUACGCGUAUAUAUUGGGCCUCAUCACAGUGCCUAUUGUAAAUAUUAAUAUAAGACGGCUCAGAAAACAGUUUGACAACUUUAUUCAGACCCAGGAGCAGUUCCUGCUGCGUCAGAUCCGUGACAAUGAGAACACCCAGUACGGACGGGACCACCAGUUCGGGCGGAUCCACAGCCUGGCGGACUUCCGCCGCCUGCACCCGGUCACCACCUACAGCGACUACACCGAGUACCUGGAGCGCGCCGAGAACGGAGACGUCGGCGCCAUCCUCGGCAAGAGCAAGCUGCUGCUGAUGGCCUGCUCGUCGGGCACCACCGGCAAGUCCAAGCACAUCCCCAUCUCGAGCGGCUUCUCGGCGGUGAUGCUGCAGAUGCACGCCGCGCUGUGCGUGUUCCAGCCGCUGCCGCAGACGGUGCGCGUCCCGCUCUACAAGGAGAUGGCGCUGCUGUGCAAGCCGCGCUGGCGGUAUACGCCCAGCGGACUGCCCAUCGGGCCGCUCUCCGGCAUCUACUCCAAGAAGCCGCACAUGCUGGCGCAGUACGCCACGCCGUUCGGGGCGCAUGUGGUCGACACCGAGACGGAGGCCAUCUACACGUCGCUGCUGUUCGGACUGCGCGACCCCGACCUGUGCCGAGUCGACUUCGGGUUCGCCUCCACCUUCUACAACGUGAUGCAGUUCUUGGAGAGCCACUGGCGCGACCUGGUUGAGGACAUCCGAUCGGGUCGGCUGAAGGAAAACCUGAACGUGACGGAGGAGCAGCGGCGCGCCAUCAACAAACACCUGGUGCCGGACCCGCAGCGGGCCCACCAACUGGAGGUCGAGUUCAAAAAGGGGUUUACAGCGAUCAUCCCUCGGAUAUUCCCAAAGGUGAACAGUGUAUCGAUGCUCCACUCCGGAACAUCAAUGUCACUCUACAAGAGCAAGUGCCUCCCAUACCUGGGGCACCUGAAGCCAAUCUCAUUCGUGUACGGCUCGUCGGAGGCGUUUUUCGCCGUCAACACACGUCCGGCCGGCGCCGAUCCCGCCUACGUGGUGGUGCCCACUAUGGCUCUGGUGGAGUUCCUGCCCGUGGAUGACGCCGGGUCGCCGCUGGACGGCGCGGAGCCGCUGCUCGCCGAUCAGCUCAAGGUGGGCAGCGUGUAUGAGCCCGUCAUCACCAACAACGCGGGCUUCUACCGCUACCGUCAGGGAGACGUGGUCAAGGUGGUCGACUUCUACCACCAGGCACCCUGCGUCGACUUCCAGUUUAGGGCGGGCCAGAUGCUAAACGUGCACAUGGAGAAGCUGUCGGAGGAGGCGUUCAUGACGGCCCUGCAGACGGCCGCCGGACGCUGGAGCGGCGUCUCCGUGCGAGAGGUCACCAGCGCCGAGAGCGUGCUGGACCCGAACCCGCAGCCGGGCGCGCCAUACUACCUGGUCUUUCUGGAGCUGGAGAAGGGCCAGCUCUCAGCGCAGCAGGCCGAAACGAUCGAUGAGGUCCUGCGUGAACAGCACUAUGUCUACAAGUCCUUCCGCGACAAGGGGUCCAUUGCACCUAUGAAGGUGCAGCUGGUGGAGCCGGGAACGUUCCAGAAGUUCCGCCAGUUCCAGUUCGACACGACGUCGGCGUUCGUGACGCAGUUCAAACAGCCGCGCGUGCUCCGCACCCAGCGCCAGCUGGAGUUCUUCCUCCAGCACGUCACACCCUUCCAGUGACCGAUCGCCGACAG